AUGCACCGCCAAAGGGUUCGCUUGUACAUACCCAGCACCUCCGAUGGCCCCUUUAGCGAGCUCGAGAAAGUCGGCGACUAUGCCUUCCAUGACCGACCAGCUUCAGGAUCACCACCCCACUUGUUGCCAGGCAACUCCCUCUCUUCUUCGGAUGCCACCUUAGACUCCCCUUCUACGAUACUAUGGUACCUUGACCCAUCUUCCUGGGAGCUCGCACAUGCGCCGUACGAUGGAUGCCUCGCCUGCGGAGAUGACAGCCUCAAGUUCUUCGUCGAUACACUACAAUCCUGGAUGAAGCAAUGGACGUCCCAAGGGCACUGCGCCUUUAUAAACCGUUCUCUCUACUCCGUCAAUCUCCCGCUCCCCAUUCAGGACGCCUACACCACCUUAGCCGCGUACCAGACCAAGACUUCCGAAACAAAAAGAAUGGUCCUACGCAUUGCCAAAGAGCGCGCAAGUAACCUUGUUCACAGCCAGCCACCAGAGCCGGCCGCCAUUGUGCUCGACAUGGCCAUGCAUCUUGCUCGCACCCAAGCCCUCGUCAUCUAUACCACGACUUGCCUUUUCGACGGGAACAUUAACGCUCGGGCCCAGGCGGAACACGGCAUUGAGGUCCUGUUAACCUGGGGAUAUCAGCUCCUCCAGAGUGCAUCCCUAGACACCUAUUCUGCGGGGAGUUAUGAUGCAUCGCAGAGCCGGGGUGGGGAUUCUGGCGAACCAACUCCUUUCAAUCUUCUGAGUAUCGGAGGCGACCUUAACUCGAUCUGGCAUACAUGGGUCUUUACCGAGUCUAUCCGUCGUACCUAUCUGGCCUCCGUACUCCUCAUGACGAUAUAUUCCACGCUUAAGGAAGGCUGGUCAGGAUGUCCCGGUGGCAUUGCAUUCACAGGCGAUGGAGGCUUGUGGGACGCCCCGUCAGCUUACGCCUGGGGAAGAGUCAUGAGGACGGUCAACAAUAAUAAGAUGGGAUUUGUGCCGAUACGCAGCCACAAGAUGGGCGAUGUAUUGGUUGACAGAAAAUAUGGAGAUGUUGAUGAUUUCACGCAUGCUUCUCUGAUCGCUGUCAUGGGGCUAGAAAGAGUCGAGCGAUGGAGAGAAGGUGUAAACUAG